UUCUUCUUUCUUCCUCACAAAAAAGAAAAAUGGCUUUAGAUUUGUUUGCGAUAGAACAAACUGCUUCAGCUGGUUUAAAAUCUAUGGACCAUUUAAUCCAAUUUGUUUCAUCGAACCCUACAGCUAAACCGGAUUGUAGAGAGAUAACUGAGUAUACUGUUUCGAAUUUUCGGAAUGUUAUCUCUAUGCUGAACCGGCCUACCGGUCAUGCCCGGGUCAGACGUGGUGGUCCGGUUCAGCCGGUUAAGGUUGCUCCACCGGUGGUUUCUUCGCCUGUAGUUGCUCCACCGAUGGUUGCUGCUCCCGUGGAGAAGGAAAAGGAGAAAGAGAAAAUGUUUAGGUCAACGCCAGCGUUGACUUUUGACUUUACCAAGCGUAAGGUUGCUGUUCCUGCUGCCCCUUCUCCUGCUGCUGGUGUUGGUGUUGUUUCGAAGGAUGUGGCGAUGGCAAAUUCGACGAAUUCGUCGUCGUCGUCGUUUGUGUCGACGAUUACUGCUGAGGGAAGUGUAUCGAAUGGGAGGGUAUUCCCGUCAAUGGAUUUGCCUCCGCGCCCGCCGGUGACGGCGCCGGCUGCUUUCUCCGGGAAGCCUCCGAUUGCAGGAAAAAGGUGUCGCGAUCAUGAUGUGUCUGAUGAGUUUUCCGGCAGAACUUCUAGCGCCGGCAAGUGCCCCUGCAAAAAGAGCAAACCAAAGGUGAAGAAAGUGAUCAGAGUACCGGCGAUAAGCUCAAAGACUUCUGAUAUACCGGCAGAUGAAUUCACAUGGAGGAAGUACGGUCAAAAGCCGAUCAAAGGUUCACCAUACCCAAGGGGUUACUACAGAUGCAGCAGCUUGAAAGGAUGCCCGGCUAGAAAGCACGUUGAGAGGGCAACUGAUGAUCCAAGAAUGCUGAUUGUAACUUAUGAAAAUGAUCAUGAACAUCAUCAUAACAUUCAAACUGCAUUUUCUGGUGCUGCCAUUGGAUCCAGAGAUGGAAGUUCUGGCCAGAGAAUGAUGGUGUUUGAGUCAAUGGGACAAAAGUGAAAAAGAUUAGGGUUAGAAAUGUAGGGACUUUUAUGUAGUUUUGAGAUAGUUGAGGGGUGGAAUUAGACAUUACAGAAGACUUUAAAGAGUAGAAAAGGUCAAUAGUUUGGUAGGUGUUGGCGGGAUUGUGUAUGUAAAUUUGGGGAAAAUUUUGACUAUUUUUACUAUUUAAUACAACAAUGGAGAAGGGUUACAGAAUUUC